GUUAGUCCCUUGCGGUGACCCAUACUCCCAUCCCGGUGUUUGCCUGCAGCAAGAUGGCGGCAGUGUCAAUGUCAGUGGCGCUGAGGCAAGCGAUGUCGGGGAGAAGGGCAGCAGUUUUAGCUGCCAUUUCCGUUUCCAGGGUUUCGACCAGGUUCCUGGGUACUUCCGCAUGGAGGUUGGCACAGAACCAAAUUCAAGACACACAGCUCAUCACAGUUGAUGAAAAAUUGGAUAUCACAACUUUAACUGGUGUUCCAGAAGAGCAUAUCAAAACUAGAAGAGUUAGGAUCUUUGUUCCUGCUCGUAAUAACAUGCAGUCUGGAGUAAACAACACAAAGAAAUGGAAGAUGGAGUUUGAUACCAGAGAACGAUGGGAAAAUCCUUUGAUGGGUUGGGCAUCAUCGGCUGAUCCUUUGUCCAACAUGGUGCUGACCUUCAGUACUAAAGAAGAUGCAGUUUCCUUUGCACAAAAAAAUGGAUGGAGCUAUGACGUUGAAGAGAGGAAGGUUCCAAAACCGAAGUCCAAGUCUUAUGCAACUAAUUUUUCUUGGAACAAAAGAACAAGGGUAUCCACAAAAUAGGUUGGCACUGACUAUAUCUCUGUGCUUGACUGUAAAUAAAGUCAGCUGUGCAGUAUUUAUAGUCCUUGUAUAAUAUAUCUCUUAAUCUCCUAAUAAAUUUGACCUUUAAACUACAGAUACAUUUUGCUGUGUCUACUUAAAAUGUUUUUUGAUGUCUCAAAUUGAACAUGUUACAAAUUUCUUACAUAUAGAAGAGAUUUGAGGUGAUUAAUACCUCUAGGAAAUUUUGGUAAUUAGAAUCUAGUAAAAGGAGUGUUUGAAAUCACUUGCAACAUUGAAGUUUUAUGCUUGCUUUUUAUAGCCAUUCCUAAGUUAAUAGUGUUAAUAAACUGCCAGCCAUCAUUAUUAAAAUGUUGUCUUAGAAUUCUUUUAUUAUAUAAACAGAAGUAUGUUAUAUCAUUACAAACUGAUAAAUCUCCUUACUGAAAUUCUUCUCUUUAAUUGGAACUUUAUAUUCUCUAAGCUUUUUUGAGCCUGCAUGAAUUGUAUUCCAUGCUAAUCUCUGCCCACAAAUCAACACUUAAUGAUUCUGAUAAAGAUUUUAUAUUCUUAUGAAAUUGAAAAACUAAGAGAAAAUAAAGUUUAAAUGUUGGAGA